AUGGCGGCGGCGGCGGGCCCGGAGGGGAGGCGCGCGGCCCUGGAGGCGGCGGUGGCGGCACCUGAGCGGGGCGGCGGGAGCUGCGUGCUGUGCUGCGGGGACCUGGAGGCCACGGCGCUGGGCCGCUGCGACCACCCGGUGUGCUACCGCUGCUCCACCAAGAUGCGGGUGCUGUGCGAGCAGCGCUACUGCGCCGUGUGCCGCGAGGAGCUGCGCCAGGUGGUCUUUGGGAAGAAGCUUCCUACCUUUGCCACAAUCCCUGUCCAUCAGCUUCAGCAUGAGAAGAAGUAUGACAUCUACUUUGCUGAUGGAAAAGUGUUUGCCUUGUACAGGCAGCUGCUGCAGCACGAGUGCCCACGGUGUCCUGAGCUGCCACCUUUUGGCCUCUUUGGGGACCUGGAGCAGCAUAUGCGGAAGCAACAUGAGCUAUUCUGCUGCAAGCUGUGCCUCAAACACCUCAAGAUCUUCACAUACGAGCGCAAGUGGUACUCGCGCAAGGACCUGGCUCGGCACCGCAUGCAGGGGGACCCUGAUGACACAUCGCACCGUGGGCACCCACUCUGCAAGUUCUGUGACGAGCGCUACCUGGACAACGACGAGCUGCUCAAGCACCUGCGUCGCGACCACUACUUCUGCCACUUCUGCGACUCAGACGGGGCCCAGGACUACUACAGCGACUACGCGUAUCUGCGUGAGCACUUCCGAGAAAAGCACUUUCUGUGCGAGGAGGGUCGCUGCAGCACCGAGCAGUUCACCCACGCAUUCCGUACGGAGAUUGACCUCAAGGCCCACAGGAUGGCCUGCCACAGCCGGAGCCGCGCCGAGGCCCGCCAGAACCGCCAGAUCGACCUGCAGUUCAGCUACACGCCGCGGCACUCGCGCCGGAACGAGGGGGUCAUUGGUGGCGAGGACUACGAGGAGUUGGACAGGUACAACCGCCAGGGCCGCACGGGCCGGGCCAGCGGUCGUGGAGCCCAGCAGAGCCGCCGAGGAAGCUGGAGGUACAAGAGGGAAGAAGAAGAUCGAGAAGUGGCAGCUGCCAUCCGGGCCUCGGUGGCCGUGCAGCAGCAGCAGGACACACGUAGGAGUGAGGACCAGGAGGAGGGCAGCAGGCCCAGGAAGGAGGAGGCAGGUGCGCGGGGUCCUGAGGAGCCCCGGGGCCCCCGGCGCCCGCCCCGGACUCAGGGCGAAGGCCCAGGCUCCAAGGAAGCCUCAAUAAAUGGUCCUGUGAGCCAAGAGGCCUUGCCAGCAACUGGCUUGGCUGCAGGAGCCACAUUCCCAAGUGCUCUCCCACCCCCCACUUCGAAGCUCAAGGACGAAGACUUCCCCAGUCUCUGUGCCUCCACUUCUUCCCCCUGCUCUGCAGCAGCUGCCCUGGGUCCCGUGGGGCUGGCGCUGGCCUACUCUGUCCCCGCAAGGGGCAGGAGCACCUUCCAGGAGGAGGACUUUCCUGCCCUGGUGUCCUCUGCCUCCAAGCCCAGCACUGCCCCCACCAGCCUCAUCUCUGCGUGGAACAGCAGUGGCAGCAAGAAGGUGGUGCAUCCCGCCCCAGGGGCCCAGUCUGCCAGUGGGGGAAGCCAGCCCCCCAGGAAGGCUGGGAAGGGGGGUAAGGGUGGUAAAAAGAGUGGACUGCCCCGCGCGGAGGAGGAGGAGGAGGAGGAUGGCCGCCCCAGCCUCACCACCCAGGAGCUGCGGGGCGUGCCCACGACAGUCGCCGUUUCUUCCCUGCUGGCUGUGGCCUCCACCCAGACCUUCACCAAGGUCGGCAAGAAGAAGAAGGUGGGCUCCGAGAAGUCGGGUGCCUCAUCUCCCCCGCCACUGCCCCCUGACAAAGAUGGGCCCCCCGGGGCUGAGCAGGCCCCCGCGGCCCCCACUGGCAGAGCUGAGGGGUCAGCUGCUGUCAUCGUCAACGGACACACAGAGGGGCUGGUCCCAGCUCGGAGCAGCCCUAAGGAACCCCCUGGGCUCCCGAGGCCUCUGGGGCCCCUCCCCUGCCCCACGCCCCAGGAAGACUUCCCAGCGCUCUGCGGCCCCUGCCCGCCCAGGAUGCCCCCGCCCCCAGGCUUCAACACCGUGGUGCUCCUGAAGGGUGCUCCGCCUCCACCUCCACCGGGUCUGGUGCCCCCCGUCAGCAAGCCACCUCCUGGCUUCUCUGGCCUUCUGCCUAGCCCCCACCCGGCCUGUGUCCCCAGCACUACGACCACCACGAAAGCGCCAACACCCAUGCCACGGGCCUACCUGGUCCCUGAGAACUUCCGGGAAAGAAACCUGCAGCUCAUCCAGUCCAUCAAGGACUUCCUGCAGAGCGAUGAGGCCUGCUUCAGCAAGUUCAAGAGCCACUCGGGGCAGUUCAGACAGGGCGUGAUCUCCGCAGCCCAGUAUUACAAAAGCUGCCGGGACCUGCUGGGGGAAAACUUCCAGAAGAUCUUCAAUGAGCUGCUGGUGCUCCUGCCCGACACGGCCAAGCAGCAGGAGCUGCUGUCUGCACAUACAGGCUUUCGAGGCCGUGAGAGGCCUCCCGGCACUAAGGCCAAGAAGAACAAGAGGAGUGCAUGGCAGGCCAGCACCCAGCAGGCGGGCCUGGACUGCUGCGUGUGCCCCACCUGCCAGCAGGUGCUCGCGCACGGUGAUGUCAACAGCCACCAGGCGCUGCACGCCGCCCGGGACGACGACUUCCCCUCCCUGCAGGCCAUCGCCAGGAUCCUCACGUAG